CAGAUUGUCAAUGUCCUGUCACACCCUCAUGAUAAAGACUUUAAUACACUGACAGAGAUACAGAGAGUGAAUCAUAUAUUCAGAAAACACAAGUCUGUGAAGAUGAACACUAAAGAUCUAAAGGUUGACCCUGAAAAGCUGUUCACAAAGUUGGAGCGGAUUGGAAAGGGCUCAUUUGGAGAGGUCUUCAAAGGCAUCGAUAAUCGCACACAACAGGUGGUCGCCAUAAAGAUCAUUGAUCUGGAGGAGGCUGAGGAUGAAGUAGAGGACAUCCAGAAGGAGAUCACUGUCCUCAGCCAGUGCGACAGCUUGUAUAUCACUAAAUACUACGGCUCUUAUCUGAAGGACACAAAGUUAUGGAUCAUCAUGGAAUAUUUAGGAGGUGGUUCAGCUCUAGAUUUGUUGGAACCUGGUGCCCUGGAUGAAAGUCAUAUCGCUACUAUUCUCAGAGAAAUCCUGAAGGGCCUGGAUUACCUGCAUUCAGAGAAAAAAAUUCACAGAGAUAUUAAAGCUGCUAAUGUCUUGUUGUCAGAGCAGGGCUAUGUGAAGCUAGCAGAUUUCGGUGUGGCCGGACAGCUCACAGACACACAGAUCAAGAGGAACACAUUUGUGGGAACUCCAUUCUGGAUGGCACCAGAAGUCAUUAAACAGUCAGAGUAUGACUCAAAGGCUGAUAUCUGGUCUUUGGGCAUAACUGCAAUUGAGCUGGCAAAAGGAGAACCACCACACUCAGACCUACAUCCCAUGAAAGUGUUGUUUCUCAUCCCCAAAGACAACUCACCCACACUUGAAGGAAACUAUAGCAAAGCUCUCAAGGAAUUUGUAGAUGCCUGUCUCAAUAAAGACCCCAACUUUAGACCAACAGCUAAAGAGCUUUUGAAACACAAACUCAUUACUCGAUAUGCCAGGAAGACAACAUACCUCACAGAUCUCAUAGACAAGUACAAGAGAUGGAAAACAAAACAGGCCCGAGAUGAGUCCGGCUCAGAUUCAGACUUAGAAGACGAUGUGGAAGCGCCCGUGAAACCUGAAGAUGAUGACUGGACCUGGGACACUAUCAAGAAGCCUCAGAAUAAGCCUGAAAAACCUGCAGACAAUCGAAAGAGACCCCAGUCCCAGCGCAUGUCCUCUAUUAUAACUCAAGUGUUUGAAGAGCUGAAGCAGAAGGGUGGUGUUAAUAAGCCGCUGGUGUUGGAUGAACUAAAGAACACCAUCGAGAACGUUGAAGAGUCGUGUCCAGGCAUUACUGAUUCAAUGGUGAUGGAGGUGGUACAGAGAUUAAAGAGAUUUCCAUCUCGACACUGACUGAUGUGUUGAAGAGGCGCACACACACACACGCACAAAAUAGCUGAAUAUUGAUGAGAAUCAGAUUAAGAUACUGUUUUACAUUAUCAGGUAAUUUGCUUUAUGUGUGUGGAUUUGUGAAAUCUGUGAUCACAGUUGUAACACCCUAUGAAAUGGCUUUACGUAAACAGUUUUCUUUCUGUUUUGACAUAUUUCUUAUUAAAAUACAAUUUUAAGGCAUUUCAGAGAAAAUUUUAUUUUUCUAAGCAGACAAAUGUUUUUAUGAUAUAAAUGUAAUUUAUGAUUUGCUAAUGACUAUUCCUAGUUUGUGACGGGUGUAUUAAAGGGAGGGACAUACAGCUGUAAUAAAAAGAUCAAUCAUCUUUAGAAAAUUGUACAUGGCCUGAGAUUAGUGUAUUACAAGUUAUUUUAAGUGUACUUUAGCAUAUGAAUAGUAUGACAAUCUCAUAAAAUAUAACUGUUUCACUGUGUACAUUACCUAUAUUAAUGAAAAAGGUUUUUUUUUUGGUUGAACAAAUGCUUUAUUAUGAAAAACUUGAAACCAUUUUUUUAAAGUAUCUUUCAAAAAUCCCAAUUAAAAUGUUUUAUUUUUGUCCAAAUUCUGUGCUAUUUUUCUAGAUUCCGUUUGGUUUAUUCACAUUGUAAUAAUCAAAAGCUAAAUUAUUAAUACUUUGUGACCGUUUUAAGAAUAAAUAAAUCUUUAAAAUU